AUGGGAUUCCUUGCCAAACGGGCGGUGCCAAGCCUUGCGCAGGAUGCCCUGAGCUCUGCGCGCCUGGCGGCUGCCGAGCGCUGCCGCCGAGCGCGGGACGAAGUCGCAGAGGCGGAGCAGCGUUUGGGUGAGCGCUUGCGCCGCUUGGGUGCCGUUCGGCAACAAAAGCUGCAGCUGGCAACGAGCUCAGCUGCAGGCGUGGGGCGCCUUCAGGCAAUUCGGGCGACUGCUGGCUUCACUCAUCGGGCACCACUUACGCCACUGCAUCCGAUCUGUGCCAACAUGGGGCCUGCCCGUUGGCAUUCGACUGCCACGCAGUCGCAGUCACACGAUGCUACCAUCCUCAACCCACCUGUGGCAAACGUCAAGCUCAACCCGGAGCGGCCACCAUCUCACGAAUUCCAUCGGCAUUCCACGAGGUACAGUCGUUCUUCUCGGGAGGUGCUUGAGGCGCUGGACAAGGACUGGAUGGACCAACCCCACUAUGAACCUGUCACGUGGCAAGACCGUGUUGCCCUUCGCAUGGUGAAGACUUUGCGCAAGGCCAGCGAUGCUUACUUCAAAGACAGGCUGCUGGAUCGAGCCUGCAUGCUCGAGACCAUCGCAGCUGUGCCGGGCUUCGUGGCCGGCAUGAUUCACCACAUGCGUUCUCUGCGACGCCUGGUGCAUUGCAACUGGAUUAAGCCAACCAUGGACGAGGCAGAGAACGAGAGGAUGCAUCUGAUGACCUUCAUGGAGUUGGCAAAGCAACGCUGGCACCAGCGGGUGCUGGUCGUUUGUGGGCAAGGGGUCUUCUUCGCUGCCUACACGAUCUUCUACGUGGUGACUCCACGCAUCGCCCACCGGUUCGUCGGAUACCUUGAGGAAGAGGCAGUCCACACCUACACAGAGAUGCUGAAGAUGGUUGAUGAGGGGAAGAUCGAGAACGUGCCUGCUCCGAAAGUGGCCAUCCAGUACUGGAACAUGCCAGAAGAUGCAACCCUUCGCGAUGU